CAGAUAUUCCUCUUGGAGCGAAAGAUCCUAAGAUAAAAGUGUAGAGUAUUUAAUCAAUUAAUUCGAAAUAGCAUACAUUUUCAGCGAUCGCGAUCAGUCGAUUAGUAUCGACCUGGGAUCGAUUCUUGAUAACCUCGACAGCUUCUACCGACUACGGACAUGAAGAUUGUCACUAUUCCUUGCUGUAUUAAAUAUUUAACCUAGUCCCGUUCUCGGUAGUCUCUAAUGGCCGCACGCGAUACACGAAUGAGUCUCUCGUCACCUGGACAAAUUCUCGGCAGUUGCUCUCGAGGAAGUCUCGAGUGUCACCGAUGCUAGAGAACCAGGCCUGAGGAUUGCGCUGAAGUGCCGACAGGUGUGAAUUAUCUAAGACCCAAUUGAGUUUAUUGACUAAAAAAGUGUUACGUAUUGCACGAGUGUGUUAAUGGUCUGAUAAAAAAAAAUAUAAUAAUAAUAAUGAAAUAUAAAAUGCACCGAGAACGAAUAAAUCUGAUACUUCUGCAAGUUAUGACAUUCAGCUACAAAGCGAUCGGACUCGCCACCUUCUCGAUCCGAUCAGAAAGCUUCAGGAGCCCGAAAGACUCCAAGGUGUCCGUAGACCCCGGAAACCCUAACGAAACCACCAAAGACGAUAUUUCAUUGAAAUUCGUCUAUUCGAGAUGCAGCAGCGUGUACAACGUCUUACUCGGCUGUUUCUUGUUCGGGAUGAAUUACUCGGGCAUUCCGUCCAUCUACUCCACGUCGUAUUUUAACAAUACGUCAUUGGUUCAAAUAAUCGAAACGACUCAGGCAGUUUGCAGCAUCGUCGUGGUGACCACAGCAAUGUUUGUCUACACCGUCAAGCAGAAGACUGCAGUGCGAAUCGCUGGUAGGAUCAUCCAGAUGGAUCGUAUCUUGCUGAGGAUGGAUGAUGUAUUUCGCGACAACAUCAGCACCUGGCCCUCUCUGUGUUACUUCCUGGGGAGCGUUGGACUCUUGGUAAAUCAUUUGACCUUGGAGGUGAUAGCCUUCGAUGAGGACGUGAUAUCCUUGUUUGCCGUGACGUUUCCCUCCUUCAUCAUCUACUGGCUGAUGCUCCAGUACAUCUUCGUGGUGAACCUGAUCGGACGCAGGUUCAAGGCCACCAACCGCGCGCUGCGUGGUCUCAUCCCGAGGAGCAACGUUGCUGCUGACUUUUAUCCAGGAAUCCCUCUGAACUUGCCUGGAUACGUCGUAGCCAAUAAUUCAGCAACCGGAAGUAUAAGGAAGCUCCAGCUGGUCUACAUGACCCUCUGCGAAGUCUGCCUCGAGGUCUCCGAAUAUUAUGGAGUUCCUAUUCUACUCGCUAUUACGUAUUGUUUUUAUUCCUUGGUCUACAACGCUUAUUAUGUUUUGGGUCCGUUCGUUAUGUCCAGGGAGGAGAUGGAAUUUCUAAUUGUAUUAAAUUCUAUCUCCUGGGUUGUCAUCCUUGUAUCUCCUAUUGCUGUUCUUGCCUGGAGCGUUACCAAGACUGCGACUGAGGCAAAACGAACCAGUGGUGUCGUUCACAAGCUGUUAGAUAGUGCGCUGAGCCGCGAAGCUAAGAUUGAGCUUAAACAAUUUUCUCUGCAGCUUCUUCACAAGAACGUUUCCUUCUCUGCUUUCGAAUUCUUCACUCUGGACUUCACUCUGCUUCAUUCGAUACUCAGCGCGGCGGCCACUUAUCUCAUAAUUCUUCUUCAGUUCCAAAUGAGCGAAAAUUAGCAAUCCAGAAGUCACGAGUCUUGAAUCGAUUGAUUUAAAAAAUUGUCAAAUUCGAAUAUGAUGUAGCUCAUUUUGUAAAUCAUAUAAAGGUUCUUGGAAAUUUA